CACGCGCUGCGCCGCUACCCGUCCGGGGAGGAGCGCUGCAUUGCCUGCAAGCUCUGCGAGGCCGUGUGCCCGGCACAGGCCAUCACCAUCGAGGCGAGCCCCGCGCCGCGGCAAGCCGCCGCCACCACCCGCUACGACAGGUCGGACAUGACCAAGUUGCAUCUUACUGCGGGUUUCUGCCAGGAGGCCUGUCCCGUGUAGAUGGCCAUCGUGGAGGGUCCCAACUUCGAGUUUUCGACGGAGACGCACGAGGAGCUGCUCUACAACAAGGAGAAGCUGCUCAACAACGGCGACAAGUGGGAGGCCGAGAUCGCUGCCAACAUCCAGGCCGAUUACCUGUACCGGUGACGGCCCCCCCGGCACCCACCCACCACCAAAUAAAGGGUCUGGGGGUUCACCCGCCACCGGGGGCACCGGCCCCUUCCCGACCCGCA